UUCAGACAAUGUGACCCAGGAAAUGUCCACACCACCGCAGCAACGAAGUGCUCAGAAAGGUCGUCAGCUGAUGGCAAAACUGGACGUAGGCAAGCACCAAGCUGCUGAACAGGCUGCUGAAAGCGACAGUGUGGCAAUUCAAGUGAGGUAUCUGUCAGAAAAAAGAGAAUCAUUGCAGGAUCAACCACAGAAAAACAAUGAGCAAAGGGGGAAUGAAUGGAAAGAAAGGCAAGAAUCUGUAGAAAACAUUGAAGAGGAGGAACGGUUUGCUAUAAUUGAAUCACGAAUCCUCAGGCUUGAAAACAGGAUGGCCCUUGUAGAGGACACAAAGAAAUCAGCAGAUGAUGAAAGCAUGGACGCCAACAGUAAUCCUUGGAACAACAGCAUAGCAGCAAGCACAGUCGGCACAGACACCACGUCAGAUCACAUUCAGACCGGGGACGAGCUGGGAAAGGCCCUUCUGGAGGCGUUCGCCCCGCUACUGAAGGAGACCGUCAUUCCUGGCAACAUCGUCGUCCAUCUGAUGGGCUACUUUCACAACGGUUUGGGGAUUGUCAGAACCAUCAUUGCUGACGAGAGAAACAAGGGACCAGCUGAGGGAAUGCAGACACUUCUGGUGAAACUACAGACGUGCGAGCAGCCGGGAUGGUUUCAGGCAUUUCUAAAUUCCCUGGACAACUCAGGCUACAGUCAUAUAAAGACUAUCAUGGAGGGCCGAGAGACAACCAAGAAUUUCACUCCCCUCAAGCGCCUCCUACAGCUGUGGGCACCGCAAUUGCAGGUGGCCGUUGCUAUGGAGAUGUUGCCACACCUUCCCUGUCUGUCAGAUCAGGACAAGGAACAAGUCGAAACAGAAAACCGUUUCUAUGGCAACUCCCGUGCCCUAAUCACUCUCAUCGACCGUGUGACUCGAUGCGGACCCGGUUGGUACACACAGUUCCUGGAAGGGCUGAGGAGGAGCAAGCACGACGGCCUUGCUGAUGAGCUGGAAGACAUAAAGACAGAAGAGGAGGUUCUCCCGGGCAUCUAUCCUGGCGACAAGGAUGACAGAGAGAAGGACGACGAACAUAAAGAUGGCGACGAAUCAGACUCUACAGGCUCUGCAGACUCAGAAGACGAUACAACAGUCGCGGAGGCGCUGACAUCAAUUGGUCUGGACGCCCUACGAGAAGAAACCGGGUUUGAAGAGGUUGCUGAGAAGCAAGAGGAAGAAGAUGCUGCUGACGUAUUGCCAGGAACAGACGGCACAGACACCAAGUCAGAGCCCAUCCCGGCCACGGACGAGCUGGGAAAGGCCCUUCUGGAGGCGUUCGCCCCGCUACUAAAGGCGCUCUGA